AGCUAACCAAAAGUUUACUCAACAGAAGAACAACCUAAGAGCUUCAAGUAAGAAAAGAUCAAGAAAAGAGAUUCCACAAUGAAGAGGUUCCAUACAUGGAAGUCGAUCUCAACAGCUAUGAUCCUGUUGCUUCUAGCUGUGUAUAUCAGCAAGAAUAACGUAGAGGGUCGUCAGAUGGCGCCAGCUUCCAUGGAUUUGACUUCAAAUAAAGCAAUGAGAGAUUUGCAGAUAAGCAAGGAGAUGAAGGAGGAGUUUCUAAGAGGUGAAAAGAAUAGCUUCAGAAGAAUCCCAAGGAGUGGCUCAAGUCCUAUACACAACAGGUUAGGUCCUCUAACAUAUACAGGAGGAAGUAGAAAACAGCAGAUCACGGCAAGAAAACCAUAGUAAUAAAUUUUUUUUUACUCAUGAAUCUUUAUAAUUAUUUUUUUUGUUUGUACUAUAGGGGUAUUUACACUUGUUUAGUAGAUGUUGUAAUGUAACUGGAGCAAUAGACAAUGUCUUAUAAGCUUUCUACUGUUAAC